UUCUAAAUGAUUUUUGUGCCCGAUCCUGUCUUUAAAUUUCCUUGAAACUUAAUCAGCUGCAUCAGUGACGUAUUAAGAAACAAUCUGGGACCUGGAGGCUGUACAAGAUGAUGCAGGUGCAGGACUGGAGGGUGACUGCCGAAGAUCGGACGAAGCAUGAUGCCCAGUUCUACCAACUCAAGCCGGUCAAUGGUUUUGUCACCGGGGAGCAGGCCAGGGGGUUCUUCAUGCAGUCGGGGCUUCCAAAACUUGUCCUCGGUCACAUAUGGGGCCUGGCCGAUAUGAAUGGAGAUGGGAAGAUGGACAAACAAGAAUUCUCCAUCGCAAUGUUCCUCAUCAAGAAAAAACUGCAAGGGAUGGAGCUGCCGACGUCGCUUCCUCCGUCUCUCAAACAACAACCUGGACAGGCCAUGGGUGGAUUCGGUGGAUCGUUCACGAUGGGGAUGGGUGGUAUGGGCGCUGUAGCACCCGCCCAGCCUGUGGGAACCAUGGGGGGCAUGGGUACCAUGCAACCCAUGGCAGGGUCUAUGGCAACGGGGCAAGGUGGGUUUAAUGCCCAGCCUGGACGGAACGCACAAAUGUCAAUGUCUGGACUCACUAUGGGCACUUCUGGUCAAAUGAUCGCACAGUCUGGUCCCGGGGGCUUUCAAGGCAUUUCACGGUCUGCUACACUGCCUCCUCCUUCGCAAGCCGUGCACGCUUCCCCUGAGAGGUCAGCAACGAUAUCCACAGGUCCAGAGUGGUCGAUCCCCCACGGUCCCAAACUACGUUACAAGCAGACCUUUAAUACACACGACAAGACGAGGAGUGGGUUUUUGACCGGUCCCCAGGCCCGGCAGAUACUGCUACAGACCGGGUUGCAACAGGGCAUUCUUGCACAGAUAUGGAGUUUAUCCGAUAUCGAUAACGACGGCAGACUCACCCAAGACGAGUUCUGCGUGUCCAUGCAUCUUGCAGACAUGGCCAAGGCGGGCCAGAUCCUACCAGCAUCCCUCCCCAAUCACCUAGUACCCCCAUCCUUCAGACGGGGGCGCUCGGGGAGUAACCAAUUCCAGAUUGCGGCUCAGGUGCCCACCUCAACGGGUGCAAUGCCGCCCAAUAUAGGUGCAGUACCCGCUUCUAUGGGUGGCAUGCCAGCUUCGAUGGGCGGCAUGCCAGCUUCGAUGGGCGGUAUGCCACCCAGUCAACCCAUCGCCCAGAUGGGUGGAAUGAUGACCAUGACACCGCCCAUGUCGCCCGGCCUCCCUCAGCAACAGAACUUUGACGAUCUGCCUCUUGAAGACAAAAUAAUCGAGCCAGUUUCAUUUGAGGACAAGAAGAGAAAGAAUUUUGAGAAGGGUCAGAUGGAGCUGGAGAGAAGACGAGCAAUGCUGAGGGAAGAACAGCAACGAGAAAAGGAUCGGCAACUUCAAAUUGAGAAGCAAGAACAGGAAAAGAAGGACAGGAUUAGGAUGGAGCAGGAGAGACGUCGUCAGAUGGAGUUAGAGAGAAUGAUGGCGAGACAGCGGGAGAUGGAGGCCGAGCAAGAAGAACAAAGACGCAAGAUGGUUGAACAAAGAGAGACCGCAAGACGUGAGCUAGAGAGACAGCGUCAGCUUGAGAUCCAACGUCAACGACGACAGGAACUGGAGGCCCAGAGAAUCAAACAGCAGGAAGACGUCUGCCACCUCAAGUCUAAGAGCAAGACGUUAACGUGUGAACUUGAGACGCUGGAAGACAAGAAGAACAGUCUAAACAGACAGCUGAGUGAUGCAAAGAACAUUAUUACUGACCAUCACACUACGAUCAUAUUAAUGGGCCAGUCCAGGGAUACCAAAGUGGCUGAGAUAGAUCAACUACAGAAAGAAAUACAGGAACAAAGACAAGUGAAGCAAGGGAUAGUAAUGCAGAAAGAUGAUAUAUCUGCAGCUGCUAAGAAACUUGGCAUUGACGGCCAUGUUGGUGAGAAUUAUCGUAGCAUCAUGAACAGCUUCACCAAUAAGAAGAGGACGCUAGAGCGACUGAGGGAGCAGCUGAAACAUCAUGAGAAUACGAUGGAGACAACACUGCUGGAAAUAGAUGCUAGAAACACCCAGAUAGCUGAACUGAAAGAACAGAUUCCCAAGGAGCAAGCUGAGUUGGAGAGACUAUCCGCUCUCCAUCAACAGAAGCAAUUAGAGCAACAGCAGGCCAGCACCGACAUCAAACGCAAAAGUCAACUAGCCUCAGAGAUGGAUAUAAAGCAGAAAAUAGCCGCUGAUCUACAACGGAUAAGGGAUGAGAAUCAGCGCAAACAGGCUGAGGAAGAAGAGACGAGAAGAAAGCAAGAUCAGAUCCGAUUGGCUCAACAGAGAGCUGAGCAAGAGCAACGAGAGGCGGCCGAAAAGAAGAAGCAAGAAGAGAAAACGAAAGCUCCAGUCGCCGAUCCCUUUGCUAACUUUGGAAAUGCAGUUGAUGAUCCGUUUGCCUCAUCUGGCUUUGCCAACUCGGCGCCCAAGACAGUUGAUCCAGCGGAUCCCUUUGCUGCUUUCUCAGGUUCUGUAACCCCCACUCCACCAGCUGCUCAGAAAGAUGAUCCCUUUUCAGCUUUUGCAGAUUUCUCAAACGCCAAAUUUGACUUUGCCUCAACCACUUCAGCAAAGCCCAGCACGGCAACAAAGUUGACUCCAGCUUCAAAAGCAACAGCGCCCUCAUUGCCCGCAGUCACAUCGACCAAAGUGCCGACUGCCAAAACUAGUGCUACUAACGACAGUGGGGUAUCGUUGAAAUCAUCCAAAACCAGGCCGGACAGUGUGGUGUUCAAGAAGUUCAGGGCGCUGUUUGCGUUUGAAGCGGAAACGCCCGAGGAGCUGUCAAUCAAUCCCGGAGAUAUCGUCAUGGUCGGUAGAAGCGAGAACGCAGAGCCGGGCUGGCUUGGUGGUGAGCUGAACGGUAAGACAGGCUGGUUCCCUGAGAAUUACGUUGAGAGGAUGGGAUCUGACGAUGAGGAGGGGACCAGUGGCAAGGAUGCUGGCUGGGCUAGCUUCGGAGAUGCUGCUGGGAGUCAAGCGAAAGCUGAAACAUUGUCUUCUGAAACGAUGUCCACUUCUUCCUCUGCGUUCAGUCAUUCGGUAAAGUCGUCCCAGUUUACUCAUGUGACUCAAACGUCGACGCAUCCAGCACCGUCACCCACACCUGGACAGGGCAAGAAGCUUGCAGAUGGCGUCAAAGCUGAAGCGUUAUACAACUGGCAAGCUAAGAAGGAUAACCAUCUAUCGUUCAAGGCUGGAGACAUCCUCCUACUCAAGGAAGAGCAAGAUAUGUGGUGGAUGGGAGAGCUGAAUGGGAAACAGGGAUGGUUCCCUAAGACACAGGUCAAGCAGCUUCAAAUAGAGUCUGAUAAGCCUGCAGCAGCCACGCCUGCAGCAGGUGUAUCAGUAGCAGCAAUUACAUCCUCGCUGUUUGGUGAAGCAGCAACAUUCAAGCCAGCUGCAGCAGCAGCUAAACCUCCUGCAGCAAUAGCAAAACCUGCGGCAGCAACAGCAAAACCUGCUGCAGCACGCGUAGCAGCACCACCCACGUCUCAACCAACACCGACAGCAACACCUGCUGCAGCAAUAGCUCAACCUGCUGCAGUGACAGCUAAACCUGCAGAGGUCGCAACGCCAGCUACAUCUGAACCCACGCUGGCCGCAAAGGCGGGGGUGUCCGUAACAAUGCCCACUGCCCAACCACACCUGGGUGAUUUUACUUCCAUGUCGGCGAAGCCUGCAGUUUCACCGACGCCUUUAGCAGACCAGAUGCACUUAGGAGAAGAAUAUGUAACACUGUAUCCCUACACAUCGGACGAAGCCAGUGACUUGCAUUUCUCAGCCAGCGAAACCAUCAUGGUCACAAAGAGAGAAGGUGAUUGGUGGAUCGGAACAAUAGGCGAUAGGAAGGGAGUCUUCCCAGCCAAUUACGUGCAGCCUAAGAGCAGCGUUGCGGCGUCGACAGACGCAGCACCAGUGAACUCUAUACCCGCUGACAACACUCCGUGGGUGAAUCAAUCCGGCGACCAGGGGGAAGACUUUACGACUAGAUUCCCUUACUCGUCCGAUCAACCUGGAGAUUUGAACUUCGAGGCCGGCCAGACUGUAACGGUCAGCAAGAAGGAUGGUGAUUGGUGGACGGGUCGGAUAGGGGACAGGGAAGGCAUAUUUCCAUCCAAUUACGUCGUCCCGAAGGGAGGAGAGGUACCGCAGAUAGUUGAGAGUCCGCCUGUGGUUGCUGCGCUGUCGGCCGAGAAUGCCGCUAAGACUGGAUCACUUACACGGAAAGAGAUAGCUCGAGUUAUCGCACCCUACACCGCUACUAGUGCUGAGCAGCUGAGUCUAUCGUUGGGUCAGCUCAUUGCCGUCCGGAAGAAGAACCCUAGUGGCUGGUGGGAAGGAGAGCUACAGGCUCGUGGGAAGAAGAAGCAGAUUGGCUGGUUCCCUGCCAAUUACGUACAAAUAAUGGGUGGAACUGGAACGCCAGGUACCAGCACACCAUCAGAGCUAGGAUCACCUACAACCGCAAUUUCUCCAAAACCGGUCGGGGAUAGAGUAGCCACUCCCUCUGCUGAUUCAGUUUGUCAGGUGAUCACUUUAUACCCGUACGUGAAGCAGAACGAUGACGAGCUGUCCUUCGGGAAGGGAAUUGUUCUCAACGUCACCAGUAAAGAAGACAAAGAUUGGUGGAAGGGGGAACUCAACGGCAGCACGGGGGUCUUUCCCGCAAACUACGUCCAGGAACUUAGCGAGGCAGGAAAAGGGAAUGACGUAAAUUGGACAAAGGAUCUGCAUUUAUUAGAGACGACCUCACCAAUGGAGAGACAUCGUCAGGAAAGCAUUCAUGAAGUGAUUAAUACAGAACAGGCGUACGUGGACGACCUCGCACUGGCUAUAGAGGUCUUUCAGAAGCCCCUCGGUGAAUCCGGACAGUUGGAUGUGCAAGAAAUCUCAAGAAUCUUCGUGAAUUGGAGAGAAAUUAUUCAGUGCAAUACAAAACUACUUAAGUCUUUACGAGUUCGGAAGAAGAUGUCUGGUGAGGGAAAGCUAAUCCAUAUGAUCGGGGAUAUUCUGUGUGAACAGCUCCCUCGCAUGACGGCUUACAUCCGAUUUUGUAGUUGUCAAUUGAACGCAUCGAGUUUGCUACAACAAAGGCUAGACAAUGAUGCGGAAUUUAAAGAGUACAUUAAGAAAUUAGCCCAGGAUCCUCGUGUUAAAGGAAUGCCAGUUAGCAGCUACUUGAUUAAACCAAUGCAGAGGAUCACAAGAUACCCACUUCUUAUUAAAAAGAUACUGAAAUACACAGCCGAGUCUCACCCAGACCACGCUACCAUCAAGACGGCCCUAGAGAAAGCUGAGGAGUUAUGCAAUCAAGUCAAUGAAGGAGUACGGGAGAAGGAGAACUCAGAUAAACUGGAAUGGCUGCAGGAAAAUGUGGACUGCGUGGGCUUAGCUGAGGAGCUGAUUUUCAACUCCUUGACCAACUGCCUCGGCCCGAGAAAAUAUCUCCACUCUGGAAAACUACAAAAGACGAAGAGCAGUAAGGAGUUGUAUGCCUUUCUGUUCAACGACUUCUUAUUGUUCACUACACCAGUAAAGCCUGGUCUCCUUCCAUUUAUUUCAUCGACCAGUAGAAGUACAGUGGAGUAUCGCAUGUACAGACAGCCAUUAUUUCUCAACGAGGUUGACGUGAAGUCGGCGAGCGAACCGGGCUCUAACGAUUUCCUCUUCAACAUCAACCACAUCGAUAAGGUGUACGCCCUCAGAGGAGAGAGUAAUAACGACAAGAACCGCUGGAUCGAUAAGAUUCAAGCCGCCUCCAAGAAUUAUAUCGAGACAGAGAAGAAGAAACGAGAAAAAAUACAGAGAGCUCGUUCAAUGAGAAGCAGAGGUUAUGGCCGAUUGUUAGUGGUCAUUAUGGAAGGUCAUGACCUUAAACCAUCAAAUAAUGUCACUGGUCGUGCCGACCCUUACUGCGAGGUCCGUAUGGGAUCCCAGGAGCAUAAGACAAAAGUGGUUCCAGACACGUUAAGUCCAGUCUGGGACGCCUCUAUGCAGUUCACUGUGAAAGAUCUGGAACAAGAUGUUUUGUGUAUUACAGUGUACGACCGAGACCUCUUCUCUCCAAAUGAUUUUCUUGGUCGGACUGAAGUCCGUGUGGCAGAUGUCAUCAAGGAGGCUAAAGGACGUGGCCCUCUUACUAAACAGCUUUUACUUCACGAGGUUUCUACCGGCGAGGUUCAUGUCAAACUAGACCUCCAUCUCUUUGAGAAAUCUUAACGCUUGGAGAAUUCUUAGAGCUACUUAAGCACAAACAGUAGCUAUGAGCACAGCAAAAUCAUGCUUACCAGAUUAAGGUCACCAGCCAAAAUAUCUUUUAUCACAUGUGCAAUCUCCGACUGGUAUCCUGGCAAUUUUUGCUUAGCAGGUAGAGCUGUCAGGUUAAGUGUCACAUCAAACUAGACCCCCAUCUUUGUUGACUAGUGUCCAAUUUCAUAGAGCUGCUUAAGCACAAACAGUAGCUACAAGCACAACAAAAUCAUGCUUAUGAAGGUCACCAGCCAAAAUGUCUUUGCCACAUGUGCAAUCUCCAAAUGGUAUCCUGCUUAUUUUUGCUUAGCAGAAAGUUAUUAAGCAAUAUUUCCUGAUUAAGCAGCUCUAUAAAAUUUGGGCCAAGUAGAGAUAGAACCUGAUUGUUCAGCUUAAUCACUUUCAACAUGCGGUGCUCAUGACGUACCAAAGCUAGUGUUGUGCAACUAGGUUAAAUUUGCUAACCAUUCUUAUGAAACAUGUGAAAAACUUACGUGCAGUCUUUUGAAUACGCAUUUGUGGGGACUUGCGUUUGUUUUGUUAUUCGCUUUUCUCAAGAAUAAUUCCCUUGUGGACACCAAAAUGAACAAAGAAAAAACUUCUAAUUUCACAAUUAAAAUGAAAUCUUCUAUUUUAUUCUGUGUUCCCCCCCUGCCUUUAUAUUUCAACAGAAUAAUUUUAAAGCAUAAUAUAAAUUUAACUUUGUAUCAAAAAGAUGAAAUUGUGAAAAAUGAGAGAGCAAAAACAUUGUAAAAAGAUAUUUGAAAGGUUUAUGAACUUGAAACUAUAUAUAAUAAUGAAUAACUUUAACAGACCAUUCCGUUUUUUAUUCCCCUUCCACAAAAACAAAAAACAUUAAAUGUGAUAUAACUUAUGAUCUUUUUGUGAGUGGAGAUUGCUUUUUUCGGUUUGUAAUAAAACAAAAUAUAAGCAUUAAAUUAUUUUCAGUACAUUUUUGUUCACUUGGAACUUGUCUUGGUAGUUUCAGGUACUGCAAACAAUUUGAGAAACUGUUUGAAAAUAUUUAUCAAAACUACCCAAAGCUGAGACCAUAAAGUAUUAAAAGGUGAUGAUAUUAAUGGUUAGUUUAAGACCCACGUUAAGUGCAGUUUUAAACCACAGCUGAUCGAAUCUGAGAAUUUAAUUGCUAUUGAAUUGCCUGAUUGGGAUCUGCUAACUCUUACAAUUUAUAGCUAAACACAUUUCUUUACUGAUGGGUUUUUAUAAUUGCAUUCUUGCCAAUGUUUACUCAUACUACACAUUCAUGUAUGGGUGGCUUAAGUUACUAUUUUUUUUAGUAGAGUGCCCAAAACAACUUUUUGCAAAUUCAGGACUAAAGUUUAAGGGAAAGAUGUUGUAGCUUGGAUGGUGGGUGGUAAAUGCCCCAGUUCAGGUAUUUAAUUAAACGUGGAUCCUUACCUUAAUAUCUUUCCCCCUUUUUUCUAUAAACGGGUGUAUUUGUUUGUACGUGUUUAUGCCUCUGAAGAAGGUCCGGUUUGGAUCGAAAGCUAAGGCCAUCUACCCUACUCAUUAUAAAUAUUUAAAGGAUAUACUAAUUGUUACCCACUUAUCCCAAUUUGGGUAUACUUCUACCCAGAUGAGGAUAUCAAUUGCCCCCAGUUGGGAGACCCCGGGUGACAAAGACACCUACUAAAAUACUAACAAUUAACGAUCCCUGUACACCAAAAAAUAGUGUCAGAAAACUAAUUUUUUCUAGCCAAUUUGAAAAUGACAAAUUAAUUUAUAUUAAUCAUGAGUAUUUUAUUGGACCAAAACUAUGUGCUUAUAGUUUAUAGUUUGUGCAUAAAAUAAAGUGUUAACUUUGUUUUGGGGUAAAGCUUGUUGGCUUUUGGGAGGAAGGAAAUUCCGAGCUUAAGUACCAUGUAACAUUUGUUCACAAAAAGGAUGACCUUGUACAAUCCAGGGCCUUUUUGGUAGGCAAGAUACAUUUUAUGUCUUCAUUUCCACUGAAAUAAAGAGAUAUUAAAGUAACAACUGGACACGUUUUGAGAUGUACCCCUGCGAUUUCUUCUUGUCAGAAAUUGACAACAAUCUAAAUACUGAUUGUUGUCUUUCAUAGAGCUGUGUACAAAUCGUGCCUGCAGGAAGUUAAGUCUCUUGGGCUAUUUUCGAGUAUGUGAUGUUAAAG